UUAUUUUCCAUUUUCACUGCCGUUUCACCCCAAAAUCCCGGACUAUCCUUGGCGUGUGCUAGCGGAGCAAAGUGCGAACUAUUUGGUAGCAAUCUGUGCAUCACGAUCGACUUUCCCCUGGAUUUGAGGCGUGCCUCGUGUGGAGUCGUUUUGUGUGUUUUGGUUUGUCGGAACAGCAAGCUUGAGGCCAAGUGCUGGCGCCGUUCUCCGUUUGGUCCCGUCGCGGGUGGUGCAAGAACAGCGAGGAAAAAAUCUACGAAACGCCCAACUCAUCACCAAAAAAGGAUGAAAUCGAGAACCAGAACCUUCUGCGGGCGAUUUUCUGCUCGUUAGGCUAGGCGAAAAAUGUGGGGCUUGACGGUGAACAAAAUGUCAGCAGGCUGGCAAAGGCCCUCUGGUAAAAUGGUUUAUUGAUCUUUCGUGUGAGGCUGCAAACGGAGAGAAACAUUUUGGCCAUAAAUCGAAGCAGUCUGUGGAGAGGUGAUUUGUGAAGCGAACAACGCCAUCCCACGGUCAAUCCCCCGGAACGACGUCCGUCGAAUGCAUUUUACCGGAACGCUGAAGUCAACCCGAGGACAAACGUUCUGCUGGGUUCUUUGCCCCAAAAAUCUUUGCUAGGUUCUUUGCUAAACCAGGACCGCAUUGGUUGGUGAAGGGAAGUGAAAGGAAGAGAAGGCUAAAGACUGAGAGAACGAAGGGCGAGGAAGGGCAUAAGAUGGACGUCGAUUCACCAAAUGCACUGAAACGCUGUUCGAGUGCCCCGCACAUUAACAACUUGCCCACAACGGCGAACGUCGGUGUCCAGCCGAUGGAGGAAGGCCAAUCACAACCGGAAACAAGCAGCUUGCAGCACUGCCGAGCCACAACGGGAGUCGGUGUGGAACCACACACCACCGCAGGAACCAUGCUGAACUCAUCAUCGUCCUGCCAAGGAUCAGGGCAGCCUGGAUCCAGGGAAACCUUCCCGACGUCCUUCUCCAACAUAUUCACACCGCGCGUUCGACGUUUCUCUGCCAGCUUCAGUCCACUGGCAGUCAUAUCGAACGGUAGUGCCAGCCCUAGCCGCAACGGAUGUGGUACGCCUGGUCCAAGGCUAACACCCAGGAUUUCACAGCUGCGCCAGGAGGAGUGCGCCGAUGUCAGCAACAGCCGAGAGGUAAACCAUGAGCGAGAGAUUCAUUCGGCCAUGCAGAUGUCCCAGAGCUACGAGGACCUGACGCUCGUGGCGGAAAACUGGUCCUUCGCUGCCUCAGCCAGCAAGAUGAACGAAGAGUUGCAGAAUCCGUUGCACGUAGCGCUGCCAUCGGUUGGGUCCACCUGCUGUUCUAGUCCUUCGCCCACAAGUCGCGGUGGCAUUACCCUUCAGUAUCCGACCACUUCACCAUCACCGACACGUAAGUUUGUCACGCGCCGAUCGAUGUCACCCUGUCCGCUGCGUCCCAGUCCGCUCAGCUCUUCGGUGAAGCGAAAGUUCGACCUAGAGGAGAACCACGGCAGUUGUUAUUCGCCACCACCGAAGAAAUUUUUUACCUCCGAACGUGGAUCGCCGUCUCCAGUCUAUCAAACUCCGUCUCCUUCGCCAAUUUGCCCGAGUCCGGAUUCUUCGACGACAUCCUUCGAGAACGGGUAUAACAACCUCGCACAUCCCAGUGGCACCUUCCCGCUUGCGCCAUCCAGUGGUCGUGUUACGCCAAAGUUUUUCCUAACAAAGCUGUCCGCAAACCCGGGCUCGGGUGGCACAUCUUGCAUAACUUCACCCUUCGGAACACCACCGGGUCCGGCAAUGCAGUUUGGCGUCGGCGUUGAGAGAGGCGGAGGAAGCAACAGCAGCAGCUUAUGCACCACACCAACUGGUGUACCCCCGGUAACGGUGGGUGCUACUGGGGAACUGCCGUCUUCCUCAGUGGCAACUCCGGGAAUGAUAGAAGGUGGAGGUGCUGGUGCGGUUAACCCGACUAAUCCAUCUGGGCCUCCCUCGACUGUAAUAAUGAUGGAUUGUGGCGUUAGCAGCAGCAGCAGCAGCAGCAGUAGUAGUAGUAGCAGUAGCAGCAGUAGCAGUACCAGUGAGUGUCCAGAGGCAGCGAUGGAAAUGAGCCAUUCGGUGCCGGAUGGAACAACAGCUUGCAGUAAGCGCAAGGGCACAAAGAUGAUGUGUGAUACCGAUGUGGCACAUGAGCUGGUCAACCGAAAUCGAGCUGCAAUGUCCACCACUAACUUUGGUGCCUCUGGGCGUGAGCUGCGUGCGCAACUGCUAAGAACUGCUCUCGAACAAGAGACAGCUUUAGGAAGCUGCAGUAAUAGCAACAGCAGCACUACUAGCAGCAUUGGUAGCAGCCAAAGCAGUGCCAACAGCAGCGUCAAUAGCUGCAUGAACCGAAGUACUGGCAGCAUUGGUAGCAAUAUAACCGGAGCUGGUAGCACUAUCGACAGCAGCUCUUGCAACAGCAACAGCAGUAGCUGUGUUUCGGAAAGUUCCUCCGUGGUAGCGGUGGCGGCCGCUGCAGCCGCAGCAGCAGUGGCUGCUUCCUCGACUGGUGCAUCCGCUAUUUGUCCGCAGCUCUCCUCGUUCCCUUUGAUGAGCAGCAUGACUGAGAUUGCUGAGUCGUGAAGUGAAAAGCGGCAACACCAAAGCAGCAGCCAACGCACUUUGUCGCUUUGUGGACAAUAAGGGAAGAGGGAGGAAUCUGUAAAGUAAGGUCAGAUGUCACCUAUAGUUCGAGGUCCGUUUAGUAUGUCCUCGACGGUGGCUACAUAGUACAUAAGUUAAACGAAUACGCUUAGGAAUUCCCCUUCAAGAGCCAUUGGUCGCACUGAGAUGGAACUGUUAGGCACUUGCGUCUGAAGAUAGCUACUCCGACAUGUCCAAGUUUCUUAUUGUUCAAUUCAGAUCUCGUUCAUUCGACUGUACCUUGUUUGGUUAUGCUACAUGCAUGGUUUGGUUGAUUUGAAUGAUACUGUGGAUAUCUGGGAUUGCUUAAUCAUUCGAAAAGAUACAAGGACUACCAGCGUUAUCUUUUCGAAAUAUUCCGGUACAGCGCGAGUAUCUGCGGUAAAGUACCACCACCAUACACUACUAGGUACACCUUUUAUAUAAUUUAUUACAAGUAAUAGAGAAAAUACGAAAAUACGUUUCUCUUCGAACCAUACAAUUGGCUUAAGACAGUAAAUUAGCGUACUAUGGGAAGGAUAAAAUGAAGUUAGAAUGUUGCAUUUCGUAGCAAUCCAGCUCUGCUAGAAAGGGAUCUCGUUGGCAGACGAGACUAAGUAGUGCGUUCCGUAUGAUUCAAGUAGAACUCUGAUCGAUAAUAUUGAAAGUUUGGCAUACGCAGGGGAUGAAAGAAAGGUCCAUGAAACAGUUCUUGGUGAUAAACAAACGGCUUGAUGAACGAAUGAAGCGGAACAUAUCUUUUCGGCAAUCCGUUAUUUUUAAUCUGUUUCGUUGCAACGGUAUUGCGUUAAGCUUUACAACAUUUGUGCUGUCCGGAGAGGGCUGUAGAGGAUGUUUUGCAUGCGGUCCGUUCGGCCCUUCCCGCUCCACAGCGGUGUUUCUCUGCAUUUCAAUGUCGUUCUUGAUAUUAGUAUUAGGUAAAACGAAGAUGCACUGUAAUGAAUGAUAAGCAAACCUUGAAAGGGAAAGGCGAAGAGUUCAUGAAGCCCGCCGGAGUAAAAUAAAAUAACAAAAAAAAAAAGUGAAUGAAAUCUGGAAUCGAAAUAAACAGCAAACUAUGCUUAAUUAUGAAUAAAUAAAUC